AAUUUUUCGUCUUUUUUUCACUAUAUAAAUAUCACAUAUUAACGAAGGUUUUCAAUCCUCCUCUCGUGAAAAUCACCGAAUAAAAAAAGAAAAGAAAUAAAUUGUGCAGGCGGAGAGCAAGAGGGAGAGAGAAGGGAGAAAACAAACGAGCGAAAUACAAUAAAUCCUGUUCUAUCUCUCUCUGCUCUUUGAAUAUCCCUGUUCUGUCGUUGUUGAUUGAGCAAUUUCCCAAGGGCGCAGUCUUUUGAUCCACACACCAGACAAGAGGCUAUUUCACCGAGCGAAUUACUUGGAUUGAAGAUGGUUUUCUGGGUGUUUGGCUAUGGGUCACUUGUGUGGAACCCAGGCUUCGAGGUCGACGAGAAAGUGAUUGGGUUUAUUAAGGACUACAGGCGUGUCUUUGAUUUGGCGUGCAUUGACCACCGUGGCACGCCUGUUCUCCCUGCUAGAACUUGCACCUUGGAAGAACAUGAAGGAUCUGUCUGCUGGGGUGCCGCUUAUUGCGUGCGUGGAGGGCCAGAGAAAGAGAAAGCAGCCAUGGCGUAUCUCGAGAGACGAGAGUGUGAAUAUGACCAGAAAACUUUGGUAGACUUUUACAAAGAAGGUGAUUCGGAAGAGCCCUUUGUGACUGGUGUGAUUGUAUUCACGUCCACACCCGACAAAAUUUCAAACAAGUAUUAUUUGGGUCCAGCACCUUUAGAGGACAUGGCCACGCAAAUUGCAACAGCGUUUGGUCCUUGUGGCAAUAACAGGGACUACCUGUUCUUGCUAGAGAAGGCCUUGUUUGAUAUUGGUCAUGAAGAUGACUAUGUUAUCGAGCUUGCGAAUGAGGUGAGGAAGGUGCUAGGAAUAGUCAAAAGUGGUGUUGCCAUUGGGAAAAGGCUCUUGUGGUCUUCUUCAGCUGAAAUGCGGGAACAGAAAAGAUCUUCCGCAAAUCCGUCACCUUCCACAAAGUUUUACUGUAAAAAGUGA